AUGUCUCGCGCCGUUGUUUUAUUUAUAAUUCUUGCCAGCCUUACGGCUUCUGUUAUUGCAGAGGUUCAUGUAAUUAGUGUUGGACAAGAUAACAAAAAUCAAUUUGUUCCCAAUACCGUCAAUGCUGCUAAAGGCGAUGUGGUCGCAUUUAAUUUCGUUGGAGGACAACAUGACGUUGUUCAAGCAUCAUCUUAUGGCAAUUGCAGCAAAAUGGCAAAUGGCUUCGAGUCUGGCUUAAAUCCCAGUUCUAAUUGGUAUAAUUAUACUGUCGAUAAGAGCAGUGGUAGAAUUUGGUUCUUCUGCAAUGUUUUUAUACAUUGUAAAAAUUUUAACAUGACUGGAGGAAUUAUUAUUACAUCCAAUGCCCCUGCAGCACAUUUGGACGACUCGCGUGUACUUUUCAAGCCGAAAAAUAGUCGGGAUGAAUUUUUUGUGUAUGCAGAUCCUGAUAUGGUCCAGCAAUGGCGCAAGGAUAAAACAGUUCCUUUAGUUAAUGUCGUUCAAUGUUUUGAAAUUUUCGAAACUUAUAAUGGUGGUAAAGACGGUAUCAUUGGACAUCCAUCAAAACAAAAACUUGAAAAUGCUUUUGGAACUUCCGAUAAUCAAGAAGUUAUACAACAAAUCAUUCAAGAAGGCGUAGUUCAUAAUGCUCAUAAAGGUCAUGAGAGACCAACUUUAAAAGAUCAUAAAGCUGUGAUGAAUGAAUCGCGUGGAAGAGGUGCUACGACAAAUUAG